AUGAUGCUUCUCACGGAAAGAGACGGCAAUUACGUGAUGCAGACAACCGAGGGCGAACAGAUUUCCCAGUUGAUAUCCGGCUACAUUGACAUUAUCCUCCGAAGGAAAAAGAAGUCGGAUGCCUUUGUUGAUGACAGUGAUGACUCAAAUGUUAUUUUUGAGGAGAAUGUGGGUCCAUCAAGGGCAGAAAUCAUAUCUAAUGUCGGUACAGUGGGAAGACGGUUCAACGUCUCUGCUGGUUAUGUUGCCACCGAGGGCUACCCCGGUCAAGCUAGCACCUUUACUCGAGGCUACGUAGGGAACAAAUCAGUUGAAUCUGUUGCUGAUCGCAGAGUGGACAGUUCAUCAUCAGUCGCUAUGCGUGCUCAAACUCUCGGUGGGAAACGAAGCGGAUUUACAGGAAAUGAGGUUCAGUUGAAGGAACUGAGUCAGCCCAAACGAGCGGUGAUGCAUCGAAUUGACGAAAGCACUAAAGAAAUUCAAGAUGCAAGUGAUAGUCUCCAAAAGCCCUACUUUGAGGAUAACGACACAGUCUCGCGAGAUGACUCGGCAACACAGCGCUGGAGAGAAGAAAAUAUGGCCCAAGCACGAGCAGGUAUCUGCAGUUACUUAGGGGCCAUGACAAUCGCAACAGGGAAUCUCAUUUCCCUACUUCAACCCUGUCACAGCCGCGUUGGUGAAGGGAGCUCUCAAGAAGGAAUCGAGGAAGAGGAGGAUGUCAUCGAUUACACUGCGAUGGACGCCUCUCUUGCUACAAUUGGUUUGAAUGUUCAACGACUCAUGCAGAAUGUCCGAGUGUUGGAUCAGCUACAGGCCGUUGAUGCUGGUGAUGAGUCUCAAGGCCACAUUAUGAAUGCCGCUCAGGAGGUUGCAGACGCUUUUCUCAAAUUAAUGCAGUCAGCGAUGCCGAUGAAGGAAGGAAAACAAGAGCCAGGAGCUGUGGUAGAUCGUCCGAGUCUCUAUGAAGCAGCGUCGAGAGUGGGUGAUACCAGUCAACAGUUGCUCCAAUUGGUUUCUGCCAGUCAUCUCUACUCUCAUCGUCGUCGCAAACAACGUCUGGAGCCUAUUCUCGAAGAUGAUGAUGAAAAUGAUCAGGAUUAUGGCGACUACGAAUCAGAUUCGGAGAUUAUCGCCAAUGCCCAUGCUAUGGAUUGGCAAUUGAGGGACGACCUAUUGGCUGCUACAAAGGAGGUGGCCAGUGCAACAGCUAACCUUGUAAAGCACGCCAAGUCAGCAGCAGUGGCGAUAAGUCAGGAAGCGACAGAGCUGGCCAACACGGAGAAUGAAUCCGUGGAAAUGGUAAUUCAACGUGACGAUAAAGUGGCCUUCCUGAGGGACGCUCAGUCCCGCUUGGUUCAAGCUGCCACCCAUGCUGGCAAGACCACCAGCCGUCUGGUCACCAGUGCCAAGGUUGCUGUCUGCACCAUGGAACAACCGGCAUCGCAACGACAGUUGCUUAGCUGCGUGAAACAGGUGAGUGAAGCUGUGGAUCAAGUGUCUGAUGUUGCCCGAAGAGUGGCGGAAAGGCCAUACUUGCCAGUGGAGGCUAUGGAACAACGUGCAGAACAACAAAAGGCUCUAAGCAAUCUUCAUCACGCCUCCAAUACGGUAUCGAAUUCUCUGAACUCCCUAAUGAAUCGUCUUGCGGCUGGAUCCAUUCAGAUGAUUAAGCGCAAGAACCGAGUUCUUCCCCCUCCUCUCCUCUAUGCUCCCUCCCAUGGGCUCGUCUUCAUCAAUUUGGAGAGAUUUAAGAGAGAGAAUUUCCAUUGGCAGGCUCAACAAGAUCCUGUGGUAUUGAGUCUCCUUGGUGCUGGAGAACAAUUGACAGCGGCACUUGGCGAUGGCGAAGCUCUUUUCCAACAGGCCUCGCGUUUGGCCCAGACAGCUACCGCGCUGAUAGAGGCGUUUAAAAACUCACACGAAAUUCUCAGCGCUGCUGGCAUCCCCGAAUCGGAGGUGAACCUCCGUGCCAACCUUCUCAGCCACUUCAUUACCAAUCUUCUUGACUCUCUGAAGUCCCUAGAAUCUGGUAACAAGCAAUCGCUGCCUCAUCAACAGGAGACCAUUGCAGCGGCCAAUCGGUUGAUUGAACAAACAAACAAAUUAGCCGCACCAAUCAUUCGUGCCCGUCUAACCACUGGCCUUGAGUUUGCCACACGUCUCACUGCCUCAAACGCCAGCCAAUUGGUUGCCAUAACAGAGGAGGCUACGCGUCACACGCGAAGGAGCCAGUACUGUCUACUUCAAGAAUUAGACCAACUUUCGGCCGAGGUGAUACCACAAGCGAAUUUGACCUGUGACAGUGCACGCGCUCAUCCUCACGAUAUUGGUGCCCAACACAGCCUUCUGGAAGCCUCAAAGAACCUUAUGGAUUGUUUAAAAGAUUUUGUCGCUUCCGUGGACGUUUUUGCACCCACCAUCACUGACUCAGGAAUUCAGGUGGCUUUGACCAACGCUGCGAGAAAUACGGAGGCCUGUUUGGUUGAUCUGCGCCAGUGUUGUGCUACUGCAGUCCCUGUGUUGCAGUCACCUCUUCCCACUCUCACGGACCUCGAAGAGACUGUAAACGCUUCCAUUUUAGCGCGUCGCGGUUCCCAGGCGCCUGCGGUUGUGAAGCGCCAAGCCUGGCCGUCCAUUUCCACGCGGCUGGGACGUAUGCAGGAGGAGUUAGACUCAAACUCAGAUCAUAGUCUGCCUGGACAAACGAUGGAUUCAGUAUGUGGUGACCUGUUAGCUGCCAUAAACAAGUUCAGGGACGCUUCCGCGUCUGGUUCAAGUCUCCCCGACCUUCUGGCUAGAGAGGCGGAAACGAUAGCUAAUGGCUCAACCUUUGCUGGAGUAGGAUCUGAUAGACUGCCACCAAUCACAGCAAAGUUACUUAACUCCCUCGAAUCUGUUAUCAGUGGUAUUCGCGGUUUGGCGGGCUUCUUAAGUUCCAUCAAGGAUUCAACGCUUGUUGAUCCAGAUUUGGAAAAAGUCUUGAUAUCCUCGUGGACUCAACUGCCUGAGUCCCAAAGGAGUAAAACAGACCGACGUUUUGUACGUUCACCUAGUCAGGAAUUGUCCGCCCAGCUAGCAGCUGAAGGUCUACGAACCACCCUUUUGAACAGAGGUCUCCAGUGCAUUGAAAAAGCACACGCCAGCCUCCUCUGGGCCGUUCACGAAGACAAUACUUUUGAUGUUGCCAAACAGGCUGUUGCAGUUUGCGCCUCUGAGCUGCAAUCAGCUAUCGACGAGGUUCGGCACUACGUGCCAGGCGCCCAAUCUGCGUCAAGACUUGGCUCUUUGGUUGCUGCGUUACCUGAAACGGUUCACCAAAUCAAUGGUCAGGUCACGCAUCCAUCCACUACUGCAGUUCAAGAAACUGAUGAUCCCAACAUCCUCAUAAAGGCCCUCAAGGAACUCAUCGAGGUGUGUUUAUGUCUCUGA